AUGCCCGAAUCAUCCCAGCGUGGAGAGGACUCCUCGUCCAAGGCCAUCUCCGACAUCUCGUCCUGGAACUUUGACAUCGAUCGGUUCUUGAACCCACUCAUUCCAGCGCCAAGAUGGAAUCUCAUUCCACAGCCCAUCGCUCACUUCCUGGGGUAUCGAAGUCGAGCCCCGAAGCCGCUUGGCAAUGUGAUGGUUGCUUUCUGGUCCAUGGUGGGAGCCUUUGUUGGCGUGGCCCUGGUGGCCAGUGUCUCCAAGAGAGGUGCCGCCGCCGUGAUCGAAUUCUGUGUCGUUGAGUCCCCGCUCGCGCAACCACGAAAUGCAUUCUUCAGCCAGCUCAUCGCCUGUGCCGUCGGAGUCGGAAUCUCAAAACUUUUUGCCCUCAAUCCAAAUGCUGAAAACUACACCGAGCUCGGCGGCGCGUUGGCCUGCGGUGUGACUACCGCUCUCAUGGUGCUGACAGGUACGGUGCACCCACCAGCAGGAGCAACAGCAUUGCUGGCCGUGACGAAUGCGCAGACGGUGGGAUUGGGGUGGUUCCUGUUCCCGGUGAUGAUCCUGGGAAUCACGCUGAUGCAGUCUGCUGCCUUGGUAAUCAACAAUAUCCAGCGUCGAUACCCGAUGUAUUGGUGGACCUCACAACCUCUUUCAGGAGACCGGGAUGUGGAUGUUGAAUCGGACCGGGAGAAGAGAAACCAAACCGGUAGUCAGUAUGAGGAGAGCCUGACGGACGUUCCUCGGCGACUGGUAGUGGAGCGAGGCGAUAUCUGGGUACCCAACGGGGUAUUUGUGUCUGCUGAGGAGAGGCUGGUCCUGGAUCGGAUCAGUGCGAGGCUGUAA